CGUCAAUCAUGGCUCUCUAUCUUCCAAUGAGAUUCGACGACGACCACCUCUUCCAACAUCCCUUGGCCUUUGGGCAAGAGUACAAUCCCAAUCCCCAUUCAGGCCAGCUACAGCGGAAAGAUCCAAAGGAUUGGACGGACCAUGGAGAUCAUUAUUCCUUGGACGUGAAAGUUGGCGGAUUCAAACACGAGGAUUUCCGCAUGGGCCUGGAUACUCAACAAGGCUUCCUUCGGAUCAUGGCCAACAAAGAACAGAAAUCUGACGACGGAGUGGUUAUGGCUCAACGUUUUGCCAAGGCCUUUUCAAUCCCUGACGAUUGUAUUCCCAGUCAACUAAAAUCUGACUACACGGACAACGUUCUUCAUGUGACCGUUCCAAAGCGUCCCCUUCGUCCCGACCCCUCGAAAACUGAGAACGCUCUGGUGUCGCCAUUUGAGGUCUUACCUAAGCUCUUGAGUGGCGAUGUCUUAUCCAAUGUCAAGGGACAGGAGAUCCAAGACAAGGAUGACAUGUUCCAGGUCUCUAUGCAAUUGGAGGACUUCAAACCCGAGGAUUUGCACCUUGAUGUUAGUCCGGAAGGAGUCUUGACCAUUCGAGGAAGUAAGGAGCAGAAGAACAAAGAUGGACGUGUGAUGACCCAAAGACAGAUUCAGAAAUCCUUUGCCUUACCAAAGAACUGUCGGAUGGACGAUAUCCAGAGCAAAUUCUCCAAGGAUGGCAAGCUCACUGUAGUGGCGCCCAAAGACCCUGAGAGAUGCGCCAAAGGCAACCGUAAAGUUCUCAUCAACUCUGAAGAGUGAGCGGAUGGUAAUCCUUGCUCGGCCUAGUAACAAGCAAAUUUUGUCAGAAUACGGCCGUUUUGUAUUAAGUUUAGUUCAUUGGUCAUGAUGGGAAUGAGCGGCGAAUUUGUACAUAUACCCUAGCCAAGUUGUAUUUAAUCAAAUAAAAUAAUGUUACCCAAAAAA